AUGUUUCGACAGAUGAACGACGACGCGGAGAUGACUACAGAAUCCGCAUCGUUCUCAGCCGAGUUCUUUGGCCCCGAUGUCCUGGAGACCUAUGAAUGGCCUGUCCUUGACACAACAAUAGACUCGUCUUCUCCUGUUGAUCUCAGCCCGCUCGAGGACUGGAUCGCUCAAGAGAACGCAAAUAGUCUUUUAGGCACCGCUGAAAACCUGUCCGCUUGUGAGCCCGCAGUUUCUCAAGACUCAAUGGAGGCUCAUGAUCAAGAUGCCGCAUGUCACUCCGAGGUUACCAUCACUCAGGAGGACAUCAAUUAUCUUUUCGACGUCGCUUGUGAGACCGCAGUUUCUCAAGAUCUGGCAGAUGACCAUGACCAAGUUGCUUCAAGCCACUCUCAAGUCCUCACACAACAGGGCACGGAAGAGAUUGGCGCUGUUGUUGGCGGCACUGAGCUCGAGUCCGCCUUUGAUCUUGCCUUUUCUCAAUAUGCGGCAGUAGGACAUGAUUCGGUUCCUUCAAGCCACUCACCAGUCCUCACCCAAGAGCACAUGGAUGACAUUGACAGCCUUUUCGGAGGUCCUGAGCCCGAGUCUCAAGAUCCAGCGGAAGCUGCCAGUGCGGUUUCUUCAUCCACCGCUCAAAGUGAGAAAGCUGGCACUGAAAAUGGUAUCACUGCUCCCUCCAAAGAAAAGCCUGCUUUUCCGCUCGCUCUUCCUCAGGCCCAGCCAUCUCCUGCGUCUGCUUCAGCCACUACUCAAAGUGCGAAAGCGUAUUCGUCCAACAAGGACAAGUCUCACAGGCUCGUUCUGCCUCAGCCUGCUCCAGCUUCUUCAAGCACCCCGCAGAAUGGGAACAUUGCAACUGCACCAUCCAAGAGUCAAGCUAAGCCUGCUGUUAUUCUUGCGCUGCCUAAACCCCGUGCGGAUUCUUCAAAUACCACGCAGAAUGUGAGCACCGCAAGCGCAUCAUCCAAGAACAACGCCAAGUCGCAGCCCCAGCCAUCUCCUGCAGUUCCUUCGUCUACCACUCAGAAGCGAAAGGCUGCACCCAAGAAGAAAGCUACGCCUGCUGCCACUCGGGCUCUCCUUCAAGCGCAGCCGGAAGCGCAGGUGCAGCCUUCUGUCCAGAUUGACUUGACUUCCUCUGAUACUCACCAGACUGGCAAUGGGACAGCAGUUAUCAACGCCCAGACAGGCAGCUUCCAAGCUGUUAUGCCUCAAAUGUCUCCAGCUGCUGGUAUGAGUAAUGCUUCUGGAUCUGUCCCUCAGAGCUUUAGCAAUGGACACUCCCCCACAGGCUGUGACACAUCACCCCAGUUCUGCGAAGACGAGGAGAUGGAGAACAACGCAACGGUGGCUAACCCACAUGCCUCCAACCCUGGGCCUGUCAAUACAUCUGUCCCUCGUGUCUCUGGUCUCCCAGCACAGGCUUUUGUUGGUUCUUCCAACUCCUCUCUCCCAGGACAAGUUCCUGUUGGCUCUUCUGCCAGUUCGGCCCAGAUGCCACAAUUCGCAAACGGUGUUGGUUAUCCCUUCAUGAUGCCAGGACAGUUCCCAGGACAAUUCCCGAUCAUGGGUAUGGGACCCGGUCAGCAGCCCAACUACAUGGGCAUGCCUUAUCCAGCUCACCUUGCCAACAACUUCAUGGCUGGUCAAUUCAAUAUGAAUCCUGCUACCACUGGUGGAGCUUUUUCAGGCUUCCAAGCCCCCAUGGCUUACCCAAACAACGGAGUACCAUCUAUGGCACCUCAGCAAGGUUUUCAGCCUGUUCAGAACGGUCAGACUUCUGCCAACGCUACAGCCUUCCAAGGCGUGCCUCCCAGCACCACCUUGCCCGCUGAGACUGAAAGCACCGAGGCCAGCAAUGCCAAGGCUACCAAGACAACCAAGGCCACCAAGGCAGCUCCAGCAAAGGCCCAGAAAGUCCAAGCUCCAAAGCCGCGAAAGACUCCAGCAAAGAAGGCUGCAGCUGUCCAAAACGUUCCUGUCAUGACUCAGGAAGCAACAUCAACAUCAUCAGCAGGGAUGGCUGCAUGGAAAUCCCAGCUUCCUCCCCCCAACCCUUGGCAGCCACUCAGUCCUGAUCAGAUUAUGAUGAUCACUGGCAUCCAUCCCCUCCACCUACCCGCAGACACGGAAUUCGUUUCCAAGCUGCCCGAGGUUCCCGGGAGCGCUGUCAAGCACAAUGACAUGUCAAAUCUGACCGCUCAAGAGCGUGAGCUUGUCAUUCACACUGCUACGCGUAACAUCUUCUACGCCGGAGUUGAAGCAGGAGUCGAGCGCGCGAUCCAACAAAUGGUCAACGACAUGGAUUCAAAUGGCCAAGCGCUUGGCCUUGCCCCUGCCGACCUUCCUCCCCAAGGAGCCUUCCGCACAAAGUUCCUUGACACACUCGAGACCAAGAUGAAGAAAGCCGCCAAGAAAUGGGCUGCCCUCACACAUGAGGAGGCCGAUCAUCUGAUCAAACCGGUUCAGGUCCUCUAG